UCUCUCCUCGCGGACGUCGAAUGGCAGAUCCCAUCGGGAACUCGAGUGCGCCUGGAAUCUGUUCCGGUGAAUUUUCUCGCCCCCCAACCCGCCCUCAAAAGUGUGUCAGUAGGCCGAGAGCCGCACGUGAUUCCCAUAAUUUUUCUUCUGCGCUCUCUCCAAAAAAUUCAACCCUUAAAAAUAAAAAUAACUAAUUUUUAUCAACAUUUUAAUUGCGAUUUCUGCUUUUGAAAAUUUUUUAAUAAUAUAAAGUGUGACAAAAUGGACAACCGGAGAUCUUUCGAUAGCGGAUUGAUGGAACAAGCUCUGCCCAUCCCAGUUCAACUUUAUCUUUGGCGUCAAUUGCGGCCAUUUACGCGGGCCAAGCUUGGAAAAUUACACGAGGCAUCAUGCACAUUUUGUCAAAAUGCGCCAGGCCAUCAUGAAAUGAAGGAAGCUAGCACGUCCUUUGAGAAAGUUUUAGUCCAGAGUUUACACAACGAAUUGACGCCUUCGCUGACGGAAAUCCUAAGCACUGUUCCAAGGUGGCGGCUGAUACAAACAGCUUUGCCUUAUGUUCUACAUUCAGCGGCUAAUUUAUUACACAACAAGAAAGAUUUACUAAACAUUGGACCAAUGGAAACAACCUUGCUGUACAUCCUCCACUGGUUUUUAUUAGACGCCGCUGAAGAAUGCGCUGAAACAGAUUCUGACCUAGGAAUACAAAACAAUCCAUUUCAUUAUCUUUACUCCAUUCCUACAAUUACACUAUUUGUGUACUUAUUCGCGCCUCUGAGCAACCACCUCAAAGACAUAGACUUCAAGAGCAACCUGAGGCUUGAGAACGGAGUUAAAAUUUGGGAGCCGAUGAACGAGUACCGGCACCCGGAAAAUCCUUGUUUCACAGCUCACUGUCGACCUAAGCCUCGCUCUCUCUGGUGGAAGUAUUCGAGGCUCGGUAAGCAGAGUACUGAUAUUUUUGUCGGGGUGAAGAAGAAAAAUGAGGAUGAUGAAACUCCGCCGAGCCAGACUAUCAGUAUGUGUUUUACUGAACAGAAUUUACCUGCAAACAAACAAGAAGAUGAAAACAAUUGGGUUUCUUCACCAAAGGAUACUGUUUUUCCUGAAACAAUUCCUGAAGAAAGUUCAAGUACUGAAGAUGAAAAUGUAAUAUAUAGAAUGCCUUUUCCUGAUCAUGAUAAAAAUUCUGAUGGAGUUAAAAAAGUUUUUACAAUAUUUUCUGCUGAAGCAAGUAUUCUUCACGUAGCCAUGGGUCGCUCAAGUAAGUCCUUGGAGUCAACAUUAACUAUCGAGCGAGUUGGAUUCGAUAGAUCAGACGAGAAAACAUUAACUACAUUGCAAUUUGGGAUAAAAAGCAAGCCAAAAGCUGAUAAGAAUGAAAAAAACCAGGAAAGUGUUAAACAAAAACCACCUCCAGUAACUCAAGAAUUUGAACCUGAACAAAAUGAUACAAGCCAGCCAAAUCGUACUACUGGAGGAGGCAUCGUCGAUAUUCGCGCUGCUACUUUUAUGGAUGUCGCGGUUUUAAGAUGUCUUUUUAUUUCUCAGUGGCAGGAGGAAGGAAUUUAUUGGGCUUUGCAAUUUUUAUACAAUAGGUUGUCGAAAAUAAACGAAGAAACAUCGCUGCAACAAUUACCUCGUCGCCGCAGUAAUUCUUUGCCAAUCCCUAAGAUCGAAGUGUCAAUCUACCAGAGCCCGGAGAGCAAAAAGAAAGAAGACAAGGAGGCAAUCGACAUGCCCUUAGAAGCCAGAGAACCCUCUACGAUGUCAGACCUCGCCACAAUCGCAGACUUGCCUUACAACGCUACUAACAAACCCGGCGAAGAAGGCAGCCACGUGCGGCGCGCCAGCGAAAAAACUAAGAAGAGGAUGAAGAUGGCCGACCUGAAAGCCUUCGUCGAGACCAAGCUGCUGUCCAAGUCGGAGAAAAACCUCGAGAAGAUCGGGCAAGACGAAUCCAAGCAUGAACUGGCGAAAGACCAGGAGUGCCAUAGGAGCCUUGAUACCGGCGAUGAUCAUCUAACAAGACCCACUUCGACUUCUUCGAGGAUUUUUGAUCAUCGAGAUAUUGAUCAGAUGCUCUAUCCAUCGAAUUUAAUCAAAGGCAAGAGCAUGCCUAGCUUGAGCUGCUUGAUUAACGAGCUCACUGCGGGUGGAUACGUCGGUGACACUAAAGUCGAGAGGAAGCAGAGCAGAUUUUACAGUCAAUCUUGCGCAGCACCAAAUCCUAUUAUCACUGUCACUGAACAUACGCCGACUCCAUCGCCUGAUUAUUUAAAACGUCAGGGAUCAAUGGACAGCCAGCUGGACUCAAUCAGCAUCCACGGAAGCAGACUGAGCUCAGAAAGGAAACCAAGUUUGACUCGGUCUCAAACUGACUCUAAUAUCACUUAUCUAGGGGAUGAAAUUCCAGAGGCACCUGGCUCUGCUUAUUACAUUACUAAGGAAGGCGAUAUUGACUACCAAAUUGUCCUCAAGGCUGUUCAUUCAGUUGCUUUAAGAGAUGGUAUAUAUUGCACCCUUCGGGUCUGCGAGAGUAUUCUUAAUUUGGUAGAGCUGUUGAUGGAGAUGGGUGUCUUAACACAGUGCCUUGGAGAUGAAGCUAGUAAUGCUGGAUCAGGACAAGACAACGAAAAGCAAGAGCGCAAGCAUGACUCUCCUGUAAAUGACCAAGACCCCAGAAAUGACCUGGAAGGUCGAAACUGGACCGCCCACGCUUUGAUGCUGAAUUGUGUCUUCCGAGUAAUAAAACACUUGGGGUGUCCUCACGGCUGCGCGGAUGGAAUCCGGGGCCCCCAAGCGGAUUUCUGCAGGUCUCAAGUCUCCAACUUGCUGAGCAAGCUCUUCCAAAGUAGCUCCAGGCAGUUCUCCAGGACUCUGAGGUUGAUGGUUCGCAACCAGCCUAUCUCGGAGAUCCUCGAGCUUUUCCAUUCUUAUGUUGGUUUCUGCGUGGAACCUAGCUCUUUGCUGUCUCCUUUGAAUCAAAAAAGAAACGUGAACAAAUCUCCAGAAACUGCAAAUCAAACCAGUUACGCAACAAAUUUUGGUCUAGGGACUGGAAUUUUAUCCAACGCAAACGCUUCAGUAGCAGCGACUGCAUCAGCAUUGGCUUCAGCAACAGCAGCCUCAGCUACUGCGACUUACGGAGGUCUGAAAUACGCAUCGCGUACAAUAGAAAGCCAAAUACUUGGGUGUAUUUUCAAGACCCUUGUUACUAGAUUUGUUUCAAGCUCUCAGGAGUUCAAGUCCCAGGAAAAUAUUUCUGUGUAUUGUGAUAUUAAACAAUUUAUAACUUAUGUAAAAGAAAACCAUGGUGGUGUCUUUCGACGAGUAGCACUUAGUGGAAUUUUAGACUCUUCAGACAAGCCUAAUAAACGAUGUAAUUCGAGUAUUAUAACUACUCGAGUUAUUCGGCAUAUUCAUCAGUCGGAUUAUGAUGAUGACCUUGGAAAUGAUUGUCAUUAUAUUGAUGAUCGGGGUAUUAGGAAAGCUUUCAAAAAACGGAGUACUUCUUCUACAGGAGCGUUGCAGAGUUUACUAGAAACAGAAUUAGGUGAAGAAAAUACAAAAAUAAGUCAAAGUCCCCUAGGAAAUUUAAGAAAAAAGCAUCUCUUAACACCACGACAAAGCGAACGAAACCUCGGAAUCGGUGAGACCUGUGUUUCAAGAAAAGCACGAAAAUCAACGCGGUUCCAGCUUGGAGGAAUAGUAAAUUGGUUCAGACGCGAGUACGGAAGAACUGAUUCAACCGACAGCCAUGACAGCAGCGAAUCGCCCAGCGAGGGAAAUUUCAUUAGACAGGCCAGUUUUCACAGGGGUCAUUACCGAGUCACUCGUCCAGGUCGCGGAGUUGGACAGACCCUGCAGCGUGCUAAGCGUCGGAUGGAAAGUAAACUAAAUAAAAUAGGCUUUAGAAAAGGAAAGAAGAAAGAAAGUCUUGAAGAAGCUCCGCAUAAUUAUUUUAGCAGAAGAAAUUCAAUGGACCUUGGAGAUGCAUCUCGGGAAUCAGAAUUUGUAGUUUUAAAAGAAAGACGGCUGGUACCUCGCGAAGCAGUAUUCGAAGGGAUGAAACGUUUUUCAUUUUUACUAGAAACUUGCCAACCAGGUUCAGUACCAGACCAUCAUUUAAUAUCAGCAAUUCUUGACCUGCCUCACGCUCCAGUAGUAGCCAGAGCAUCAUUGCUGCUAGAGUGUGCCCAUUUGGUCCACCAGUGUAACAAAGGCCACUGGCCAACCUGGAUGAAGAUCAACCUCCCGAUAUUCCGACCAUCGAUUGCUAUGAGCACUAGAAAUGCUCCCAGUGGCUUAAGACGGACUCAUGUUCUCCAACGAGCUGCUGGGAAACUUUUUUACCAGUGGGCUGAAGCUAUCAGUGCGCGGCUAGAAGAAUUCAUGAAUGAAGACAAGAAAAAUGUUGAUCAGAUUAUUGCUUUGGUUAAUGACGAGUCGAAGCAGAGGGAGCUGGUGAUUGAAGAUGAGGAAGAAGAUUUUCUUGAUGAAGCUAGCAUAAAUUCAUACGGCUCGCAGUGCCCAGUAGCAUUGAGGAUGGUAGCGUGCAUCCUUCUACUCGAAAUAACGGCCUUCCUGCGAGAAACCUACCAAACGCUUCCAAAGUCAUCGCGACUGUCAACGAAAGAGCGUCCAGCACCUUGGGAGAGGAUGUACAGCCGAGAAGCGAACCGCCGGUGGAGCAUGGCGUUGUCCUCAAUGGGUCACUCCCAGACGUCAGCCCAGAGUCUGCAGUCUAUAGCCGGGGACCGCGAGACUGCUGGUGAGUUGAGGGAGUUGAUCGAACGGGGCUCAUGGAGCUACGCUAAUCCCAUCACCAAUAUAUAUCAUCAACCAUCUGACUCAAUCGCCCUCGACUUUCGAUCAGAGCGAAAAAUCAGCUUUGUCCUCCACGAGCCAGACAACGAGUCCGAGGGUAGCAGUAAGUCGACCGUCACAAUACAACCCGACGAUACCAUGACCCACCAACAGCAGCUGAUUAAUGACGCGGUCCUCAGUCGGACGAGUGACAAGAAACGCGUCUCUGCGACGCCCAGCGGUAGACCUUUCUUACUUCGACGCGGUACUGCCGGCAAUACUGGAUCAUUCAAGCGACGUAGUCUUAAAUUAAGACGUAAUACUAAAGAGGGAAAAGACAUGGAGUGCGAGGCUUUUGUUCGAUCGAUAGAUGCAGUGAGACGAGCAGACUCCAUCCAGUCCAAGCGGAAGGUCAGCUCGCUAUCAGACCGAAGCGACACUUCCGAGCAAUACGCUGGAGAAGUCAGCGGCGAGGAGUCUCCAGGAAUUCUCAGUGACGAUCAGCCUCCAGAGAGUCCUAGUGACUCCAACGAUACCGAUGACACCAACAAGAACUUCCCCUGGAUGAAGGUCCUGGUCCAGUUUACCGCGACCUCUAAUUUCUUCUGCUCUCACCAGAACUUUUGCCACCCGUAUUGUCACCGGCGGCAGAUGCGCGCUUGUGCCAGGCUUAUUAAGUCAGUGAGAAAAGUCUACGGUGAAGAGUUUGGAAUUAUUAAUGGCGCUUCCACAUUUGACUUUGAUGGAGAUUGUAAGAAGGACGGAGAUGGAAAGAAGGAUAAAAGGGUCAGGAAGGUAUCUGAUCAAACUAGCGCUCAGGUUUCGCCUGUCAGGAGGAAGGAUAGCGUUGGUCGUAAAUUUAAAAUUGACAAAAGUUCCGACGGAUCGCAAUCAGGCCGUCUAACAGGCUUAAUAAGAGACUCCUCAAAGGACCUAGCCGACCAAGAUUCCGAGCGUGGAGGUCUAUCCUCCCGUAAAUUUCCCGAGGAAGACACCGAGGAAGAAAAAGAGCCUCCAGUGAUCUUGAAGUACAUAAAGACCCAAGUGAAAGAAGCGUUCCACGCCCCGAUAGCAACCCUGGUGAAAGGCGCAGUGGUGAUGUCCGAGGAGCUGUUCGUCGACGUUUUACCAAUCGCGUGGGAGCUGCUUCUCGAGGCGAACCAAGAAGUCGCGGCUUCAGCAGCUUCUCUGUUCAUAAUCGCAGCAGUCCGAGCUCCGAACCAGGCCAGCGAGCUGAUGCAUCACGGGCUCCAGCACUCCAGCGUCGCCUUUCGUAUAAACGCGAUCCUGAAAUUUCAAGUGCUCUGGAAGUUGAGGUACCAGGUCUGGCCCAGGAUGGAAGAGGCUGCUCACGUCACCUUUAAAGUUCCUCCCCCGGGGAUUGAGUUCACGCUGCCCUCUCCUAAAAUUGGGAUCGAAUCUCUUCCAGUGGUCGACCCGCCAUGGAUGCCGCAGGUUAAGACUAAAGUUGAGGAAGUAACUAUUAAUCAAGAGCGUCAUCGAUCAUUAGUGACAGCUACUAAGACUAGAAAAAAACAACAAACAGAGUUGAUAAAGAAGGCAUUACAGGCACAGGAUGAUAAGAAGCGCGAGGAGCGAGAGAAUUUUUUGAUAACAACAAUACCGAUCACAGUCCAGGCUGCGUACGAGCCGAGUCCCGUGGGGGACGACCACGACGAAGGCAAUGCCGAUGACGAGGGCGGUGAGACCCAGCCGAGGAACACGACUCAUCACGGACAGUCCGCGCUCUCGCUCUUUCCCUCCUCACUCUGCUCCGCGAUCGUCCAGAUCAUCAACCUCCUCGACGACGCCGCCGUCUCCGACGACGGCAACGCCGUCUACGAGGUUGCCUACCAGGUCAUCUGGAGCUGCCUGGUUGAAGACAGCGCCCUCUUUCUUCGGUACGUCCUCGAGCGGCUCACUCGUGAGAAACAGGAGCUCAUGUUCAAGAUUUUAAGGCAUCUCAUCAGAUUUGUACCCAAGCUUCCUCAGCAAGCCGCUUUUGCAUUGUAUAAUUACAUCAUAGGUUAUGUUAUGUUCUACGUGAGGUCGCCACAUGAAGAAGGACAGAAACAUAUUGGAACUGCUUUGUCCAUUCUUUGGAUGGUUGUCCAUAGUGUCCACGGAAUAAUGUUCAAAGACUUAAAGCAAAUAUUACGAAAAGAGCAGUGUGACGCGUCAAUAUUACUAACAGCUAAUGUUCCCUCCGCGAAGAAGAUUAUCGUACAUGGUCCUCAAGACCCUGACGCUGGAGGUAUUCCUUCGCAGUUUCCUGUCCAGGAAGACACUCAGUUUUGUCAGAUUCUACGGGAGUCAUUGGAUUUCUUCGGGAUCGAGGAACAUAAGCACAAAGAGUACUUCCUGGUAGACUACAAGACCCACCAGAUCCACAACCCCUCAUCCUACGUCAGAGACUACUAUUUCUUCAAAAGGUCGCAGUACCCUCAGCUGGAGCUGAUCCAUAUGAAGCCAGAGGAUGCCUUUAAUGCUCUACAGCGGCAGGAACUUGUUCACAAGUUUGUGGAAAUUGGUAAAGUCCUGCUAACCUGGGCGAUUUUGAAGAACGUCGAUAUGGUGGUUCAAAGGGUUGUUUUUCUUCAUGAAGAAUUGAUGAAACUCCCGGCGUUUCCGCGAAAGGCUCUCGAGGCGGACUUGGAUCUUUACAAAGGCGGAGAAAUCGGCAGGGAAUUGCUGGGCUUGGACGUAAUGCACAAAUUCAUGUGGGUGAGACUAAUAGCUCGAAUGUUUGAAGCGAUGGCAGGGAACUUCGCCUACUCCGGAGACAUCCACCUAUUCCUGAACGUCCUGAACGGAGCGAUCAUCCUCCAUAGUGAAGAUUCCUGCAUCUUGCGCUACGUAGUAGCGACUUACAUAAACGCGGCCCACAAUUUCAAGAAUAUAUUCUCGACAAACGGGUACUUGCUAAUAAUGCCGACUCUGUUGCAACUGUACUCGACUCACCAGACCAACAAGCUGGUCACCACGACCGUCGAGUACGCAGUGAAGCAGUUCUACCUGAUGAACCGCAAGCCGUUCAUCCUCCAGAUGUUCGGCAGCGUUUCCACUAUUUUGGACACUGACGAGACCAGCACUCACGGAGAAGCUCACAAAGUCCCUUCGAUAUGCCUCUUCAACCUCCUGAUGAGCUUAGAGACACCCUCGCCUGACCCGCUCAACAUCGGCGAGCUUGUCAAGGAGGAAAAACCUCUCAAGGCUAUUGAUUUUUGCUAUCAUGAUGAAACUGAAAUGGUUUCUGUGCUAGAUUGCAUCUCGCUAUGUGUUAUGGUGAUUGCUUAUGCAGCUGAUUCUAUCCGCGGACAGCAAAUGUUGACUAUCCUGGAAGCCAUUUUGCCUUGCUACGUCCAGCAAAUUCAACUCCCGACUUACAACCGUGAAGGAAAAACCGAGAAGGAGAUAAUAAACCAGCUUGCAAUUGCUGUUAAAACUCUUGUCAAUAAUUCCGAGGCUUUGACAAAGUACUACAACGGCCCGCAAAAGUCCAGUCCGGAGCACAAAGGCUCCAGUCAGAGGAACUACGGCAAGGGACCUUACUCCCCCGGAUUCGAGUACGAGGACGAAACUCACACGACAAAGUAUCUAGAACACACAAAAGUGAGAACUUUCUACGAGCGGGACAAUGAUGACGCUGAGAGUUCUCAUAAGAAUGAAUUCAGGCGACCCAGAGACACUUUGCUCAACAUUGUCGGGGAUUUUGUCGCCAGAACUUCUGUUAGACUCGCUGAGCUUAAUAAAAAGUCUCAGGAUGGGAAAACUAUCGAGUUGUUGGACUCCAAGUGUCAUGUGCGCUUAGCAGAUGUAGCACACAGUUUGCUGAAGGUAGCGCCAUAUGACCCCGAAACGAUGGGCUGCCGAGGGCUAAGAAGGUACAUGAACGACGUUCUCCCAUCAACAGAGUGGUCAAACGACGACAUGCGUCCUGCUUUAACAAUAAUUCUGCGCCGACUUGACAAAACCUUCAGCAAAAUCUACAAAAAGGCUUCAGUCCGUCGCAACACAGACUGGGAAGCUGCCAGCGAUUUAUUGAAAGGAAUUUACGAGACUCUAUCUCGGUACCCUUACAUCGCGCACUUUCAAUAUUUUAAAACCCUGCUGAGCACCUGUCAAGCUCUGAUAGUCGGCGACACCGGCCUAGUAGAAGUGACAUCCGGAGCCUCAGCGGCUCUGAUGAGCAAGAUUCCGCCUCAGCACUUUUGCUCGACGGUUCUGAGGCUGAUCGCCUUGCACGUCAUCUCUCUAGGGGAUGGAUACUCUUUAGAAAAUGUCUGUGGAGGCUCGACUAUGUUUGCUUCUCAAACACGCACGGAGAAUAUGUUACUCAAUCUUUUGAUUCCUCUUUUUUUGAGGGUUGGAACCGGCCGCAAAGAUGUUCCGAAAUUACGCCCGGCGGAUCUUAGCUUCGCUUUGAUUGCUGUUUUGAACACUUUGUGGCCCACCGGGACUAAAACUAUGCCCAUGGCUAUGCAGAAUUUGAAAGCUACUACUGAUAUGAGGGCAGGAAGUCUUACUUUUGCUGCAAGAGAUACUAAAAUUUCUACUAAAUUGUCCAUGUCUUUAUAUCAAGUUGCUUUUUUGGCACUAAAAAUAAUGAUAAUCUGCUUUGAGACUGAAUUAAAAACCGAAUGGACAAAAAUCCUCCGAACAAUGAGACUACUUAACAAAAGAAACGAAGCGUCAAUCCACCUCUGGAAUUUCCUUGAGUUUGUAGUGACCCACCGAACGGCUCUCUACAUCCAAAUGCUCCCGUUCAUCGUCCACAAAAUUGGCCAGCCUCCAAUUUCAGAGCAUGAGCGCAAUAUGCAAACAAUAAUUCGUGGAAAAAUCAACGGUGAUACUCUAGCCUAUCCUAAAUCCCGGGGAACACUUCUUGGAGACUUACUUCACGAGUUACGAGAUAUGAAGGAAGAAAUUGAAGAUCGUAAAUUUGACGAAAUGCAACCAGAGCCAAAGAGAAGCGUGGUAGACAUGCACCCAGGAGCUCCAAAUGCCGACGGUCAGCCGCGAACCCAGCGCCCGUCUCUCCUUAACGACCUGUGGAGCGGCGACCUAGCUUCCAAAGCCCACAUCAAUAGAACUCCUGCAGAAACUCCAGGUUCCCAUUCAACAACUCUCCACUCGAUCCAGCAGUCGCUUAACUCCGGAAGCGCUCGGUCUUCAAUGCCCAGCCAAGGCUCCGCUCCGAACGGCGCCACCAGAGCCAUGAGAAGAAACAUUGAUGGGGUUGUCACCUUGACUGCUCCGUAUCUCAAAUUGUCGGUCCUAGGAUCGGUCUCCAGUGGUGGGUCCUCUACUCUUAAGGACACUCAUGCUCCUGAUAAUGCUAAUCAGGUUAAGUCUGACGAAAAUCUACCCAACGAGCCGACAGAUAAAAUUGAUGAACGUAAGCAUCAUCUGCUUCAUCCGUUGUUUACUCAUCAAAAAGCCAAACGACUGAGCUUUGCAAUACCUUCUGUAGAAUUUAGACGCGCUUCAGCAUGGUCUGUGUUGAGAGGAGAAACGGUGACGAGUCAACUGAGCCCAAACAGCCCGAUAGAAGACAGUUCCGGGGAAUCCCGACAAGACAAGCCACGAUUGCAGCGUUCGAUGGGCCAAAGCAAAAAGACUUUUCGGUUAAGAAAAAGUCGACGGACUCAUAUUGAAAUCCCUCACUUAAAACUAGAACAAGAGCCUCAACCAGUAGUGCCAACCUCCCAAACGCCGCCAGCGUCAGCAGCGACAUCAGACGGUAGCGUCACUUUAUCAGUAACAGAGCCAGUGCGCACGCGCAGGAGCUAUUCCGUGCGCCCCGGAGACCUGGAACGUCUCCCAACAAUGAACCUAUCGCCCGCGCCAGUAAAUCUUCUGCACCCAGCUUCGGACGUGUCUUACGACGAGGACACCUCGAGCACGUCGGGCUACCGCGAGUCCUACAGCAUCCAGCUGGUGACGAUGGAGGGCCGGGAGGCCCACCCACCUACUCUAGCUUCUCCGGACUUGAAUGAGCCCUCCACCAGCAGCACCACCACCAACAUGGCCUUCGACGGCAGCUCUCCCGACGACUCUCUCAACGGCAACAAUCCAGGAGGUGAGAAGGCAGCUCUUCUGAGUUCUAGACAGCGCACCGCUUCUCAACACUCUCUUUUGAUGGUCUUCCAGCCCCAAGACGAGGACACGCUGAUUUAACAACCGGCUUUGGUUUUUAACUGUAAUAAAAAAAUUAUUCCUAGGAUUGUUGUUAUUGCUAAGUGAUACUUUAGGUGUAGUUUUAAUUAUUUUUAAUUUUCGAUAUUUAUACCGUUUAGAUCAGCCCAUUUAAAGGCCUAAUUUGUACAAUAUCCUGUUAAGAAUAAAUAUAUAUUACUGUUUU